UGACCAACAGCAAAUGUGCAUAAAUUCCACGCAUCGUUUUACAAGGCUCGGACGAUGUAGUCUUCCGUUUGCCUUCGGCCCAAUAACAUUAACCUCGACAUGGGGACCGCACGAAGUGUGCUGCUUCUUUGGAUUUUACAAACGGUCCGGUUUGGAAUUGGUCAACGGUUUCAGCAGCAUGAAGUGUCGCACACGGCUCUGAUCGGCUGGACACAGCCCAGCGGAGAAAUCAAGUUCGACUGCGCGGGAUCUUACCUUGGCAAGAACGUGAUUAUGACCGGAGCACGUUGUCUGGAGCGGGAUGGCGCGUUCACCGAUGUGGUUCGACUUGGGACUGCCAUGGGCGCCCCCAAGGAUUUCCACGUUCACAAUAUGAGCAUCCAUUAUCGGUACCAAGCGGAAUAUUACUAUCAUAAUAUGGCAAUACUUUUCCUGACGGAAGAUCCCAAUCAGGUUGACAAGCACUUCAAACCGGCUUGCAUAUACUCGCGGCCACCGCCAAUUCGGGAAGGAAAGGUUCACCUGAUCGGAAGGGACGCGGGGGGCACCUACCACAGAACGGAGCUGGAUUUGGUUGAUUCGCGCAAGUGCCACGAGUUCUACAAUCCAACAAGAAAGCUGAAAUAUGGCGCACUAUUGGUUUGUUGCAUGUGCGCGCGAAACCCCAGUGUUAAUAAGUGCGCAUCGGAGCUGGGUUCACAAAUGCAGAUCGUGCUGGAGAAGAAUGGCAAAAAGGUUCCGUUUCUAGUUGGUCAAAAAACGAUCAAUCGAUCAUGUGGGUCGAUGAUCCCCGGCAUUUAUACCAGACUGAGCUCAGACGGACAUCUGCCUUGGAUUUCAACGAUAGCCCGAUUGGAUUUUCAUGAUCACGAUGCAUGUAUUAAAAAGUAUUAAUCGAUAGCACUGAGGUGAAAUGAUUCGUUGCUGAUGGGACAAAGUGCGACAUACGUGAAGUUUCGUUAUGCCAUGUACUUUUAGAUUUUAGAUUUAUUAAAUGUAUUUAAAUAUAUGUAUGAGUGUA